AUGUCUAAGGACGCAACUGUCCGGUACGCAACUGUCCGGUACGCAACUGUCCAGUACGCAAAUAUCCGAGACGCAACUGUCCGGUACGCAACUGUCCGAAACCGAACUGUCCGUCCACCGCAGUGUUUCUCUCUAUCUCUAUCUCUAUCUCCCCCUCUUCCUCUCUCCCUCUCUCUAUCUCUAUCUCUAUUUCCAUCUCCCCCUCUUCCUCUCUCCCUCUCUCUAUCUCGAUCUCUAUUUCCAUCUCCCCCUCUUCCUCUCUCCCUCUCUCUAUCUCUAUCUCUAUUUCCAUCUCCCCAUCUUCCUCUCUCCCUCUCUCUAUCUCUAUCUCUAUUUCCAUCUCCCCCUCUCCCUCUCUCUAUUUCAAUCUCCCCCUCCCUCUUUCCCUCUCUCUAUUUCCAUCUCCCCCUCUUCCUCUCUCUCUAUUGUCUGUUUGUCUGUCUGUCAUAUUCUCUUAAAUAUCUAUCUAUCUAUCUAUCUAUCUAUCUAUCUAUCUAUCUAUCACAUUCUCUUCAAUAUCUAUCUAUCUAUCUAUCUAUCACAUUCUCUUCAAUAUCUAUCUAUAUAUUUAUCUAUCACAUUCUCAUCAAUAUCUAUUAUAUUCUUUUCAAUAUUUAUUUAUCUAUUUAUACACAGACUAUAUCUAUAAACACGCUAUUCUAUACACGUGUGUACAAGUUAUGA